GACGAUGACCCACCUUGUACCUGGCUUGAAGACUCGGAGUGUCAAGAAAAUUUGUUUCAAAUUUUGCCACUCAACCCAGAGGAAACGGUUGUCGACAGCAACAAUCACAUUCAAACCCAUAUCAAGUUAUUUUUUGAGGAAUUGGGAUAUCUAACAGAGGAACCCGAGCCCAUUGAUCCAAACGUUGACUAUGAAGCGUUGAAUGAAGCACUAAUGAAAGAGCGGAACAAUAAAUUGCGCCGCCACCACAUCGAUCUUUCAAGACUGCCUUCCCUGGAU